AGCUUCCUUUUUCUCUGCAUCCUCUCCAACAUUUAUUACUUGUCCUGUUGUCCAAUCUGUUUUUUUGACACUUCAUUCUCUCAACUACUGUAUUUAUAUCUAUAGUCAAUACCCACAGUUUUAGCAUGUUUAAACAUUGAAUAUUCGAGCUGGAUUGAAUCUUAUGUGUCUCCUAGUCCAAUCUCAUUUUACAUGCUAGAGAGCUUAAUAACUUGCUUGAAGCCAUACACGGUGGCAGAGAUGGGAUUUGAAUACAGAAUACAAGUCUGCUAAAACAAUUAAAAAUGAUUGGUUAUUGAGCACUUACAAUGUCUCAGACUCAGUACUGAGUAUUUGACACUGUAUUCCUCAACAAGUCCUGGGCAGCAUUUAUCAUUAUCAUCAUUAUAAUUUUCUAUCCUACAGAUGAGGAAAAUCUAAAUUCUGAGAAGCAAUUUGCUUACUUUCUUCAGGUAUUUUGCCUUCUCUUAAUAAUUAAAUACAGUCUUGGAUUUUUUCCAUGUGCAUGAAUCUUUUCUUCUCCACACUUAGGCCCUAAGUCCCAUGAGGGCAGUGAUUAUGUCUUUUCUAGCCUGGCAGAACCUAGCAUCAUACUGCCUUCACAUUGUUAAUAAACAUAUGUAUUAAAAAAAUUGGCGUGCAUGAUAUUUGGGAGGAGUUGCUCUCAUCUUGGCACUAUAUUUUAAACACAAAGGAUCUGGGUAAUGACAACGACAACAUAAACCCCUACAAUGAAUGUAAACGUGCCCUGAUAUCACAGGGCUGGCACAGAGUUGAUAUUCAUUGAACUAUAGUUGCCUGGUCCAACGCGUUACAAUUUUCAAAGCUGCACCUUAAAAGCCGUGUUUAGGUAUGUCCUUAAACUCCGCAGCGGGGCCAUUUAUAACUAUGGAGAUCCGAGCAGGAUAGAAGCCGUUUGAGUUGGUGGUCAUUGUUGUGUAUGACGCUGGUUUGGCUUAGUUCAGUUUGGUUCGGUUCGGUUUGGUUUCGACAUUUCGUCUAGGCUGUCUCUGGGUAGACGAUACCUGAGUUCUCUAUCAGGAUUGUCAAAGUAGGAACCGCGGUGCAGCCCCAUCCCUCUUUCAGAUAUUUGGACCAUGGCUCUCGAGACACUUCUCCCCGCACAAAGAUGGCGCCGAGCCUAGGCUGAGCCAAUAGGGAGUGGCGUUGCUCCCGGUUGCCUAGGUAACAGCCAAUGAGCAGUGGGAAUUGUGCCCAGUGCGGCUGCCCGGGAUGGCGGCGUCAAGUGGGGCAGGAGCUGGUGGAGGUGGCGGAGAAGCAGGUGGCAGGAACAAGCCCCGCGGAGCAGUGGUCCGGGCUGUUGGAGCCCCGCGCCGGGGCCUGACGGUCAUCACGAAAGGCGGAGCCCAGUGGAGGCAUGUUGACCUCUACCCCAGGCACACUCUGAUACUGGGCUGACGAUAGGAAGAUUGCGCUCCUGAAAUUGGAUGCUGACCUUGUGGAACAUUGAUGGGACAGAGAUGGCAUACCAGGUCAUAGAAUGUUGAAACUGGCUUAAACCUUCAAAGACAAGUGGGAGGAUAAGACUGCUUGGACAGAGGUGGUGGUGGUGGUUGGAGAGUUUUCAUCCUUCUGUAAGCUGUCACCAUGACCCUGACAAAAGGUUCCUUUACCUACUCCAGUGGAGAGGAAUAUCGUGGCGAGUGGAAAGAGGGCCGCAGACAUGGUUUUGGUCAACUGAUGUUUGCAGAUGGCGGCACCUACCUGGGUCAUUUCGAGAAUGGGCUCUUUAAUGGCUUUGGGGUACUGACCUUCUCAGAUGGCUCAAGGUAUGAGGGGGAGUUUGCCCAGGGCAAGUUUAAUGGUGUUGGAGUCUUCAUUCGACACGACAACAUGACCUUUGAGGGGGAAUUUAAAAAUGGCAGAGUAGAUGGUUUUGGCCUGCUGACUUUCCCUGACGGUUCUCAUGGAAUACCCCGCAAUGAAGGUCUGUUUGAGAACAACAAGCUGCUGCGGCGUGAGAAGUGUUCUGCAGUGGUUCAGCGGGCCCAGAGUGCCUCCAAGUCAGCCCGAAGUCUCACCGCCUAAUGCGGGCAUCGUGCACCAGGUGACAAGUAUUGGGUAAAGCAGAUGCCUCACUAUUCAUUCGAGGUAAACAGAUGAAUCAAUGUGAGAGGAGAUGAGAAUGACCUUGGAGCAGAAGCCUUGUGCUGUGUCUCCUCACCUGCCAGUCAGGGUUUCAAUCACAGAGAAGUUCCAGGGACUCUGCAGGCCCUGCAGCAGUGGCUACCAAUUCUGUCUUUCCCUUGUCUCGCUUGUUGGUACUGUCCGUCCCUAACAUGCUGGGUUACCCAGUGCCGACCUGCUGCUGCCUUCUACUUCAUUUUCUGACAAAUGAUGCAGAAUCUCUUCAUUCUGCCUAUGUUUGGGGCAGAUGGUCCUAGCUCCAAAUUAGGGCCAGUGUGCUUUGUCCUACCCUGGAGAAAUAAGGAAAAAGAUAAGGGUGGCUUAGACAGUAUAGCAGUCCAGUGAAAGUCAAGGCCAGAGCUUUAUUGUAUGUUGUUACCCCCUCAUUUGCUGCUGGUUGGCAUCAUAGCUCCAGGCUCCACUUUGUCUGACCAGACGAGUAUUCGUGUCUGCUUAUUCCCCCUGCAGGAUUAAGUAAGAGUGCUAUUUUCCCCCUACCUGACUUAAGCUGUCUUCUUUACCUGAGUUCCAACAGAUACUCCCCAUUCGUGCCUCUCUCCUUCCUUAGACAUGGGAUAGGAUCCCUUUAUGGGGUAGUCAAGAAAGAAACUUACGUAAGCAGUCACCUUAAAACUUGUGUUUAUUACUUACUCCAGGGCAAAGGGCAGACAUCCUUGAGCCACUUCAGGCCCUACCAUGGAGUGAACUGUAUCCUUAGGGCUGACAUAGCUCCUUCCCAGUGGACCUGUAGCUUAAAUAGACUUGGACCCAUUCUAGGACCACAGUGAACUAAAAGAGCAUUUGGUUCACUGUAACUCUUCCACCAUGAGCCUUGGCCAUCAAGAUCUGGGGACCAGAUCUUAACCAAUAGGAUCCCUGCACAGUUCAUCAUGGUCCAGUUACCCUGUAACCCAAACACGUCCAACCCCACCUUCAGUCUCUUAUCCUCACACUGAAUGUCUCCUCAACAGCAGCAUAUUGUGGUGGAAAUUAUAACCAUGUGCCUCUAUUUAUUUUCUGAAUUGUACUGUAGAAACAAGUGUUUAUGAGGAAUAAACAAAUCACCAGAACUGCCUA